GACAUAGUGGACGUGAGGGGUUCGGCUAUCUGACUGAACCAAGUUUCAGGUCGCUGGUGCCAACGCCCGGCGAAAACAGCCAACUUAUCAAGUACAAAAACGGAGCUAACGUAAUUGUCAGCAGCAGCCGAAAGCACAGAGAUGCAGACUAUCAAAUGUGUUGUGGUUGGAGAUGGAGCAGUGGGAAAAACCUGCUUACUGAUUUCAUACACCACCAACAAGUUCCCUUCUGAAUAUGUACCAACAGUGUUUGAUAACUAUGCAGUAACUGUAAUGAUCGGGGGUGAACCAUACACCCUUGGCUUAUUUGAUACAGCAGGUCAGGAGGAUUACGACAGGUUACGACCACUAAGCUACCCUCAGACCGAUGUCUUCCUAGUCUGUUUCUCUGUUGUUUCACCUUCCUCAUUUGAGAAUGUUAAAGAAAAGUGGGUUCCUGAAAUCACCCACCAUUGUCCCAAGACCCCGUUCCUGUUGGUAGGCACUCAGAUUGACCUCCGUGAUGACCCCUCCACAGUGGAGAAGUUGGCCAAGAACAAACAGAAGCCAAUCACCCCUGAGACAGCAGAAAAGCUGGCUCGAGACCUUAAGGCAGUCAAAUACGUGGAGUGCUCAGCCCUGACUCAGAAAGGAUUAAAGAAUGUGUUUGAUGAGGCAAUACUAGCCGCCCUGGAGCCUCCCGAGCCUAAGAAAAGGCCUAAAUGUGUUCUGCUCUAAGAUUCUUCGCUGCUUUCUUCAGACCGUUAACCUAGGUUAACAGUACUGAUACGGUUUUCUGCACAAGGACAUUCCAUCGUUAUUUGAAAUGUCAUGAGAUUUUCGCCUUCCCACAGACGUAACCUAAAAACAUUUAAUGUGUUAAAUGAUUUUUAAACCUCUGUUAUUCUGUGCUGGGUAAUUUGAUACCGCUGGUCAGAAACAAUGUGAACUCUUGACUGGUUAAACCACCAAUUAACUGGAGACGACACAUUGAAAUAACUCCUUAGUUUGACCUCAGUGUUGCUUUUUAUGGAGAAAUGUCAGAUUAAAUACUUGUUUUCUCCACAAAAAGUUCUUGUUUCAAGUAUCACAAAAUUGGAAUGCUCACAUCGUUUUGUAUUUUGUUAAAAAUAUGACUUUAAAUAAACGUGUUUCAAACUGCAACAUUCUUCCAUCACCAGCUUUUACAUUAGCAAUAAUAUUCCUUAUUUUGUGUUUUAAGAUUUAAAAUGUCUUUUAAUCAUUCCAACAUGGCCUUUAGGAAGAUCUAAGGAAUGCAGUGGAUGAUUUUUUUUUCUUUACUUAAUUCUCCAUCUUUGUCCUAGUUUUUCCAAGACAUGGCCUGAGAAAUUAGGCAGGAAAUAUAUUUCACUUCCAAUUGUAGAAAUAUUGAUUUGAACUCUUGUUUUUGCCAGAGAAAUUUUCACAGCAUUUAGGUCAAGCUUAAAAAUUCAUUGUGAUGACUUGGGUAUCUUAGUUUACAGGCCAAAGUUUUGCAACCAGUUCAAUUAUUUAAUAACCUCAACAUUACUUGCAUCUCACCAGUAACAGCUUGAUGUUAAAUGACUGAACCAAUGACAUGUCUUUUCCAUGCCGAAUUUUUAAGGUGAAUUGUUGAAGUGACUUGUAAAUAUAGUAAGAAUAACUUAUUUACUGAAUGAAAUUGUGCAUUACUCAUGAGGUUUGAGAAGCUGAGAUGGCGCUGAAGUCAAUUUAACCUGAAAGAUGUUUUUUUCAUUGUAUUCAACUUGACAAAGUUGUACUGUAUCUUGCUUGUGAUAAAAAAAAGCACAACAAUAAACCAGUAUUAUGAUUAAAUCUUCAAAUAA